UUAAUCUACAUAACCACACCCACUCAUAGUGUGAUCGCGCACCCAUGCUAUGCGCGGGCUCAGCUCUGCGCAUGCGCAGUGUCAUUCGCGCCCCUCCCGUCCCGCCGCCGCCUCGGACCCCUCAGAGGCGGCCGGUUCGUACCGGGGGGAAAAAAAGGGAAAAGAGCGGGGUCUGAGGGGAAAGGGAGCCGUGAGGAGGGGUCUGAGGGGAAAGAGAGCCGUGAGGAGGGGUCUGAGGGGAAAGGGAGCCGUGAGGAGGGGUCUGAGGGGAAAGGGAGCCGUGAGGAGGGGUCUGAGGGGAGAGAGGGCCGUGAGGAGGGGUCUGAGGGGAAAGAGAGCCGUGAGGAGGGGUCUGAGGGGAAAGAGAGCCGUGAGGAGGGGUCUGAGGGGAGAGAGGGCCGUGAGGAGGGGUCUGAGGGGAGAGGGGUCCUUGAGGGGGAGUCUGAGGGGAGGGAAGGGACUUGAGGAAGGGUCUGAGGGGAGGGGGGGCUCUUUAAGGAGUCUCUGUGGGGUCUCUGCUCUGAGGGGUCCCUGAGGAGGGGAUUUGGAGGGGUCUUUAAGGAGUCCCAGUGCUGAGGGGGGUCGGGGGGGUCUCUGUUUUGAGGCGGGGUCCCUGUUUUGAAGGUGGGGGGUCUUUGAGGUGGGGAUGUCCUUGAGGGGUCCCUGAGGGAUCUGUGUUUUGAGGGGUGUCCCUAUUUUGAGGAGGGGUCCCUGAGGUGUCCCUAUUUUGAGGGGGGGUCCCUGAGGGAUCCCUGUGUUUUGAGGGGUGUCCCUAUUUUGAAGGUUGUCCCUGAGGGAUUUGUGUUUUGAGGGGUGUCCCUAUUUUGAGGAGGGGUCCCUGAGGGAUCCCUGUUUUGGGGGCUCCCCCAGCCAUGUCCCUGUCCCCUCUGUCCCCCCUGAGUGACCACCGGCCGUGUUCCAGCCCGCUGGCCGGUGGCCCGGCGUGGCGGUGGCACCGGUGCCAGGUGUGCCACCUGUGCCAGGUGUGCCAGCUGUGCCAGCUGCCCAAGCCCCCCUGGGCCGUGCUGGGUGACUUCAGCCAGGCCGUGUGCCGCGCCUGCGUCAACACCGAGGGUGUGAGCCACGUGGAGCUGCUGCUGGCCACCGCUGCUGGCCACCGGGGCCACCAACGGGCCACCAGGGCCACUGGCAUGGGGCUGGCACUGUCACCCAGUGUCCCCAUGGUCACCUCAGAGAGCACCAAGAGCCGCCUGGCGCUGUCACCAACUGUCCCCAUGGAACUGAGCUGUGUCACCUUUGAGGCCACCCAGCGCCACCACCGCGAUGCCACCCUGGCAGUGUCCCCAAGUGUCCCCACGGAGCUGAGUGACGCCCUCCAUGGCCGCGUCACCUUGGAGGUCACCGAGCGCCGCCACCGCCAUCAUGUCACCCUGCCACUGGACGUGUCCCCAAGUGUCCCCGCGGGGCUGAGCGAGGCUUUGUGCAGCCGUGUCACCUUUGAGGUCACUGAGCGUCGCUGCCACGAUGUCACCUCCCCGGCUGUCCCCACGGAUCUGAGCUGCCACUGUGCCAUCCCAACAGUGUCCCCGGCUGUCCCCACGGAUCUGAGCUGCCACCGUGCCACCCCGGCAGUGUCCCCAGCUGUCCCCGCGGAUCUGAGCCGCCCCUGCGCCACCCCGGCAGUGUCUCUGGCUGUCCCCGCGGAUCUGAGCUGCCACCGUGCCACCUCAGUGGUGUCCCCAGCUGUCCCUACAGAUCUGAACUGCCACCGUGCCACCCCGGCAGUGUCCCCAGCUGUCCCCAUGGAUCUGAGCUGCCACCGUGCCACCCCAGCGGUGUCCCCAGCUGUCCCCGCGGAUCUGAGGUGCCACCGUGCCACCCCAGCGGUGUCCCCGGCUGUCCCCGCGGCGCUGAGCGCGGCGCUGGCCGCAGCGUGGCCGGGCAAGCCGCGGGCGGUGCGGGAUCGCCUCUCGCUGCUGGCGGCCUGCGCUCCCUUCGCCGUUCGCUUCCGCAAGGACCCCGCCUUGGUGGGGAGGGUCUUGGCCUUCGACGCCUUCCCCCGAGCCACCACCGGGCCCGGUGGCCACCGAGGCGACUUCGAGCUGCGGCUGUUCGCCGAGUACCCGUGCGGCUCGGGCAGCGUGUACGGCGCGCUGGGGCUGGCGCGCAGGAUGCUGCAGGACUGCGGGCGGGCCCCGGGCAGGGCCGGCAUCUCCUCGGGGUACAAACACCUCGAGUACGAGAAGAGCCAGGGCAGCGGCGAGUGGCGGCUGCUGGCCGAGCUUUUCACCGAGCCCGUGCGCUUCUUCCGCCGCCCGCCCUCCCCCGAGGCGCUGCCGCAGCAGCAGCGCUGUCACCUCCCGUUGUCACCACCGCCGCCGAGGAGACGCCGCAAAUCGUCCCCCGAGGGGCGGGUGGUGGUGGCAGGGCCGCUGAGCUGCGGGCGCUGCCGGCGGAUGCUGCGGGACACGCACUUCGUGCAGUGCCCGGCCGUGCCCCGGCACCGCUUCUGCUUCCCGUGUGCCCGCCGUGCCAUCCGUGCCCGCGGGCCCGGCCGCGCCGUGCACUGCCCCAGCGGAGCGCGCUGCCCGCUGGCCGGCUCCGGAGUGCCCUGGGCGUUCAUGCAGGGUGAGAUCAGCGCCAUCCUGGCCGGAGGUGAAAGGGUUAAACGGGAGAGGGACCCCUGAGGGACACUGACCAGCUCCGGAGUGCCCUGGGCAUUCAUGCAGGGUGAGAUCAGCGCCAUCCUGGCCGGGGAUGGAAGGGUUAAACGGGAGAGGGGACCCCUGAGGGACACUCGGGAGUGGCCACUGGCCGGAGAUGUGAGGGUCAAGCUGGACACUGACCCCUGAGGGACACUCCGGGUCCUGUCUGAGUGACAGCUGCUGCCCAAUGGCCGGAGAGGUGAGGUUGGUCAAGCUGGACAUUGACCCUUGAUGGUCACUGGGUCUUGUCUGAGCAGUGGCUGGAGAGAUGAGGGUCAAGCUGGACACUGAUGGUCACUCAGGGGUGGUCACUGGCCAGAGAUCUGAGGAUCAAGCUGGACACUGACACUUGAUGGUCACUCAGGGGUGGUCACUGGCCAGAGACGGGAGGGUCAAAGGCAGAGUGACCACUGAGGGACACUGGGUCUUGUCUGAGCAGUGGCCAGAGAGGUCAGGGUCAAGCUGGACACUGACCCCUGAUGGUCACUCAGUGGCAGGGGGGGGGUCACUCACUGGGUCCUGUCCGAGCAGUGGCUGGAGACGGAAGGGUCAAGCUGGCCCCUGAUGGUCACUCAGGGGUGGUCACUGGCCGGAGACAUGAGGGUCAAGGGCAGAGUGACCCCUGAUGGACACUGGGUCUUGUCUGAGCAGUGGCCGGAGAGAUGAGGGUCAAGCUGGACACUGACCCCUGAUGGUCACUCAGGGGUGGUCACUGGCCAGAGAGAUGAGGGUCAAGGACAGAGUGACCCCUGAUGGACACUGGGUCUUGUCUGAGCAGUGGCCGGAGAGAUGAGGGUCAAGCUGGACACUGACCCCUGAUGGUCACUCAGGGGUGGGUCACUGGCCAGAGAGA